AUGAUUCGCAACGUUGGAGACGCUCUGGCCCAUCUUUCUCCACAUCCCAACGCUAUGAAUACUGAUCUAGAAAACCAGCUCGCCUGUCAGAGAGCUAGCUACGUCGAAAUGGUUGCUCAAAAUAUAAGUAUGAAAGCUGUGCUGUCAACUUCGAAAAUUCAUUGUGGUGGUCUCGAAGAAAGGUUUCAUGAAAUUAGUCGUCGGAUUACGAAUUUAGAAAAUAAAUUUCGUCAAAUUGCUGAAAAACUGACAAGCCAACUCUCAGUGAUAUCGUUUGCCUCGAAGUCAUUGAAGAAACGUGAAGAUUUGAUGAACUGUUUGACAAGAAAAAUGGAUAAUUUGGACGUUUUGCGAAAAGCACAUGAAAAGAAUGUUGCCAAUUUUUGUGCUCAACUGGCGACCAAGGAAAAAGAAAAUUCCCUGUCCAAUGAAACUGAUGAGUGUAAUGCAAAGGAUGUACUUAAAGGAAAGCAGAACAGCUAUGCCGAACUGAGCAGUAUGAUUUCUGCAAAAGAGUCUGAACACGAAGCGCUUAUUGAACAAUGUAAACGAGAGGAAUUAGAAAAGGCUUCAAUGCUUGAGAAGUUGAAGAAGGAAGUCUUGGAACUUGACAACUCGUUGAAGACUUCGUUAGGAAAAUUGACGGAAGCGCUUCAAAGUUUGCGCCAACAAAAAGAAUCGAACGCUGAACGGGUCUUUCAGUUAGAAACAGCUGAGAAAGAAAUGGCAAAUGACGUAAAAGAGCUGCAAAUUGAAAUCUGUACGUUGGGCACCACCUAUGAGGAACUGGUGGCCCAAGUUCAGUCAACGUGUGAUUCAAUUCCGAAGGCAAUGGAUAAGCUGCGCUGUUUGGAGCGUGAAAUGGAAGAUCAUCGUGAAAAAGUUACGAUUUUACGAGACCGUGAACAGAACCUUCUGAGAAAAGUGAAUGAACUUAAACGGCAGAAAUUAAACUUGCAAUCAGAAUGUGACGAGGCGCAGGCGAAACUUGUGUUACUUACCGAAGCAAAGCGGGCUGCUGGCGAGAACAAGCUGACAGCGCAAAAAGAGGUAAAAGAUUUGCAAGCGUACCUGUAUGAUCUUCAAGCUAAGCGAGACGCGAGUAAAAGUCUUCUUGAACAUCAUAUGAAAAUGGAGCGAAAGCAGGAGGAAGAGCAUAGAAAUAUGUUAAACGACCUCAAAAUUCAACUGUCAGAAGCCCGGCGGGAAAAUGACAAGUUUAGACGAAUCCUCGAAGAAAUAAAAUUGCAGAAAGAACAAAGGCUGACUGAAUUACAAAACAUGAAGCUCGAAAUGAUAAUGGCAGCAAAGAAAGAAGAAGAGCUGAAGUUGAUGCAGGAGGUCAAAGAGGUGACGUCAGAGACGAAGUCACCUCCAACGACUGGACAGGAUAAGAAACCACAACACACUGAUGUAUUGCACAAAGUACAGUCAUUAAAUUUACAAGACAAGGAGCUAAACGAAAAUUUUGCCGCAGUUGGUCCGCGCAACAUCUCUGAAACUGAAUUUCAUAUCAGCUUAGAUGAUUCGGUAGACUUCUCGUCGUUAGAAACGGAAUCUCAAGCUAGCAGCGUGACUUCAGAAAGUCAAAGCCAGCAAGCGAUCGAUGUCCGGACCUUUCUGGUAAAUUGA